CAAAACAUUUUUUCCUGCGAAGAUCCAUUCGUGGCGCCGCGGUGGUUAUCUAUUCUGCUGUGCCGUUAUCAUAGUACGCGGUAAUCAAUGUUAUCAUACAUUCUUGCAGUGAUGUUAUCACUUAUCUCUUUUGCAAUAAUUGUUUAUGUAUUUUUGAUGAUCGGCUCGUGAAAGUUGAAUACUUUUAGUUAUAAUCAGUUUUAGAUACAAAUUGUUUACACACUAUUWUUCUAGUAUUCGAUAUUUCUAUCUUCUGCCUAUUUCAUUCGACGACCGAAAGUCCAAAAUCAAUAUACAGAAUAUCAGCAAAUAUCGACCAGGCGUGUGUUUAUACGGACAUGUUUUGCAGAGUUCUCUCAAAAACAGAUGUGUCGUGACGUGUUAAGUUUUUUACUUAUAAAUACAAAAUGGACACCGAUAAAGGAUUUGAUGACUUUCUGUCAAGCAUGAAGAAUUUCAACAUAAAUGCAGCAUCAGCAUUUUUAUCAAAUUUCAGCUAUGAUAUAAACCAUUCUGGGAAUGUCAUAGAAUUACUUGGAAUGGGAUUAACAAAUGAAUAUUUUAAAAGUAGACCUGAGUAUUUCAACUUUUGUGAAGAACAGUUACUAAAAUUGGCAAAUAAUGAAGAAUAUCAAGAGCUAAUUUUUGAUUUUUUAGAUAUAAUUGAAAUGGAUGAUUGUAAAUUAUCAAAUUCUGUUCUAAUUAUAGUAACUGUUUUGGAGAAUACCAAAAAUMCAAUUCGAGCGUCCUUAGAAUAUUUAUUGGUUGGUACUUUUAAUCGUUUAUUUGAAAUGGACAUCAACAAUUUGAAAGACAUUUUGCCAACCAUAAUACAAAUUUUAAUAAAAUUAAAAAAACAUUUUCUACUCCAUCAAUCAAUGUUAUAUUAUUUUGCUAGAGUUGCUUCUUUAGUGUUGAAAGCUAACAUUGAACCAAUUGAGUAUCUAAACUUAUUGUCUAACAUAAUUUAUGACCCUUUUUAUUUACUUGAGUUUGAAUUUGAUGAAGUUAAAGAAAAAAAUGAGCUAUUAUAUAUUGCUUCAUUUUUUUAUUUAUACUUUAAAACUGGAAUGCAAUGGGGACCUAAGAUUUACAAUAGGUUUUAUGUCUUGGACAAAUGUUGUAACUUAGCCAUGUCUGUGUAUGAUGAUAAUAAUUUUGGAAAAUCUUUUGGAAAAUUAAUUUUAUCAAAAUUUAAAAAUAAUGAAAUUCCAUUACAUUCGUUAAAUAAAUGCCAUGAACGUUUUGUAUUAGAAGCUGCACAUAGUGCCGUAUAUAAUGAACAUCUGAAUAUUAGGAAGGACUCUAUUGAUUCAUUGAUGAUAUUCAUGGAUAAAUUAUGUUCUGAUGCUCAGUAUGUAGUUCUUAAAUAUAUAUUUUCAAAACCAUUGGAGUCUUGUAUCAAAGAUCAAUUUAUUGUUAAAAUGAAAAACCUGAUUAUAUUAAAUUUAAACUCAAAUAAUGAUCUUGGAUAUUUUCAAGGAAUACGACUUUUAGAAAUAAUUCAAUUAUGCUGUAAUAUUUCUGUUAAACCUAAAUUCGAUCUUCAAAGCAAUAAAGAACAUAUCUUGGGCGCAAUAUCACUUUAUUAUUUUUUAUCAGUCAAUGAUAUUGAAAAGUUAAAUAUGGGUGAAGAAUUUUCAAAUGCAACUAAACAAUUUGUGAACAUCAUUCAAAAUGCCAUCGAUUAUUCGCAUGAACAGCACAAUUUCGAACUAAAACGUUUAGACGAUAAUGUGGAAAAGUAUGAAAAAGGCGUAGAAGAAAUAAUAGAAGAUGAUUGUAAACCAAAAUUUUCAAAAAAAGAAAAGCUAGAUAUAUUAUCACAAAUUAAUACUACCAUAACAUUAGUCCAGUCAAAUUUGAAUAUGUUGAAAAGCGUAAUCUAAAAAUGUAAACUUUAUAUUUAGUGUGUAUAAAUGUAAGUCAUCUUUAUGGAAAUAAAUAAAAUUGUUAUAGGUUUUAUAGUGUGUCUUCGUUGAUAAUAUUUGUCUUUCAUCAUACAAUAAUUUUAAGAAUUAUUGCGGUCUGUAUAACGAAAGAAUUAUAAUUUAAUAUUAUAACUGUAUCGUAUUAUCAUGUCUUCAACCACGGAUUUGGACGGGGACAUGUAAGGUAUUACGCUGAAAGUCGACCGACGAAACUGUACUUUUCCAUGCCAAAUAUUAUGGUGAUGACACCUGAAACAAAAUCCAAGCACCGUCCUCCACAAUAGCUUCAACGGAGUCAGAUAUAUCCUGAUUGCACCUAAUGGGUCUGUCGUUUGUGUGCACCUGGAGGAUACGGUUUUGGCAACAUCGGAUGGUGCGAAACACAGUCAAACCCCAACGCCGAUAAAUUUGGUUCACUUCAAAAAAAUUCUUCGGCUGCGCGUGUUGAAAAAUAAAUAAAUGAUUUUUGUUUAAAUGGCUGCUAUUAGU